CUCUUUAGGAAUGAGAUACUAUACGAGUCAUCAGUGCUAGUGUAAAAGGAAUCACUAUAUUGAACAGAGGAGAGGGAGACAGGGCAGCUAAGGAUUGGUAAUAGACGGCUUCUCUCUUAUAGCAUGAGUGGACUCGACUUUAAAUUAAACCCCUGAGACUAAGUCUAAGAUUUUUAAUAGGAUUAUAUUAUAGGCGGUAGUAGGUAAGUGUCAGAAUGUGCGAGGUACUCCCAACUAUUGAUGAGGCUAGUCCUAGCCCAGAGGAGGAGAGCGCUCGAUUAGAACAACUCAUGAUAUCAAUGCUUGAAGAGAGAGAGAAGUUAAUGGAUAAACUAAGGGAGACACAGGAAGCAUACCAGACCAUGUCACAUCGCCUCUCCCAAAUAGAAACAGAUAAUGCCAUCCUUCUAAGGCAGCUACAGGCUCUCCUGUCAAGGGAAGAGGAUCAAGAGAAACUUCACCUAAUGCUUGAGGAGGUUAAAACCAACGGCACACUUACCAACGGGCGAAUGGAAGAAAUACAAAAAUGGCCGAUAGCAAAUGAGAUAGCAUCACUAGCUAGAGACCUCUCGUCUGCCAAAGAGGCAAUAUUUGCAAAAGAGGAAGAGGUUCAGGAAUUAAAGGCCGAGAGAGCAAACAUGAAGCUCCUCCUUGAGCAUUUGGAGUGUCUUGUUGCUCGUCACGAGAAGUCCUUGAGGGUAACAGUACUUAAGAGGCAGACUGCUAAUACUGGUGUCUCCUCUGAAGUUGAGGUAUUGAAAGCUUUGAAGAGCCUCUUUGAUCAUCAUAAGGCUCUGGAUGAAAAGGUUCGGGAAAGGCUCAGAAGUGCGAAUGAGAAAAACUCGAUCCUUGACGAGGAACUUGUAUUAGCCAAUCAAGAGAUAAAGGCAUUGCAAGAAGAGACAAGACGAAUGAAAAGGCUGAUAGCUCAGAGAGACUCCUACAGAAUGAGUAGAGACUAUGACUCAGUUGGUUUCACUCAAGAGCAAUUGAGUUUACUACACGAGAAAGAUCAAGCACUCUCUGAUCUUCAGUUCUCACUUGAUGAGAAGGCAGCAGAACUUGAAGAAGCGUUUCAAUUGAGAGAUGAGUUAACCCAGAGGGUACAAGAGGCAGAGGAUGAUCUUGAGAUUGCACUGAGGGAUCUUCAUGUCACUAAAGGUGAACUGGAAAAGGCUCAGAAGAAUGCUGUUCAGCAGGAAAUGGUGUCCCUUUUGCAGGAGGAGCUGUGCAAUUGUAAAGAAGAGCUGGAACACUCUCGCUCAGAGAAUGAGCAGCUACAAAAUCGACUCACCGUAAUACAGGGACAACUUCAACAGCAACAGGAAGACUCCAAAGCAUUAUUGAAACAGAAAGAGGACUCACUGCAGGAGGCAAGAUCAAUGACCGAAGAACAACUCAGACAGCAAUUCCUGGAAUUAACUGAAGCUGAACAAAAGAAGGACAGUAGUAAGAUACUGAGCUUAGAGUCAUCACUUGAAAGCAAGACACAAGAACUGCUAGCACUACAAGAGAAGGAGAAGGUGAAUGAUGAGCACAUAGAGAAGCUUCAAGCAACUGUAGAGCGAAUGCUAAAGGAAUCAAGCACAAGACUCAAAGCACACGUAGUGGAAAAGAAAGCACUGAUAGAUGAGAAGAAUUCUAUGUCAGAAGAGAUGGCAGGUCUAAAGUCUGAACUCUCCACCUGUCAAAAGGACAAUGUCUCCCUCUUACAGCAAAUUGCUAAACUGAGACGUGAGCUCCAGCAAGCACAGCAAAGAGUGAAUGACAUACAGCAAUCCUCGGUCGUACUGAGAACUGGUAAAGCUACCGAUUUAGAUCAGGCCAAGUGGAAACGAGCGUCCGAUGGUAUCCCGUCAUCGACUGAGGCCACGCCUACCAAAUCAGCCAAUCAGUCAUCUUCUGUUAAUAGCUCCAUGUCUGAGUCAAGCGGGGAUAGAAGUGGCUGGGAUUUCUCGGAGCCUGGGGCAGUGUCUAGACUCAUGUCGAUUCUUGAAGGACAAGUGACCUUACUGGAUCAGGAGUUAGAGCACAUGGAUGGUGAGGUCCAAGACGAGGAAGAUGAAGAAGACAGUUCUUAUGAAAUACAGUACCUCACUUCAGGCUCAUCUCACACUGCAGAAUCUGCUCCUCCUCCUGGAUCUCCUCCCCCACCAUCUCCAAUUAGAAUGAAACUAAGAUCAAGAUCAAAUGAAGACGGAAGUCCAAAGUCGAAGCCUAAUUCCUUAUCCCGAGCCACAGGGAAGGCUUUGAGCUCUUCAAUGAAGAAGGUUUUCCGUCGCAAGUCCUCAAGCAGCAGCUUAGGAGGGAAGCAGAAACAAGACAAGCGUAACAGCGCUCCAGUUGGUUCGCUGUCUCCAGUUACUCCUGCUCCAUCAUCUGCUGGUGUCCAGCAGGCAAGGAUGUCAUUUGAUCUCUCUGAUGUGGUCAUAUAUAAUGAAGAGCCGUCUUUAUUGACCAGCGAACAAUUAAAGACAAAGAGAGAAAUGGUACAGACAGCAAUCAAUUCAAGUGUAUCCUUUUAUACGUGGACUAAAGAACUAGUGAUGGCUUGGUUGGAGGCUUGGGUGGUUGUACCUUCUUGGUAUAUAUCAGCUUUGAAAAGCAGUGUAAAGUCAGGAGAGAUGAUGGAGUCGUUGACAGAAGUCGAGUUAAGUCAGAUGCUGGGCAUAACCAACAGUAUGCACAGAUUAAAACUGAGACUAGCCAUUCAAGAAAUCAUUACCAUAACAUCAUCGCUACCACAACAAUCAGUCCCGUAUUACGGUGCUAUGAAUCAUCAUUGGAUCAGUGACUACUGGCUCCCAAGCAUUGGUCUCCCACAAUACUCAGAUAUAUUUCGAGUGUGUUUGAUUGAUGCACGAAUGCUUGAGCAUCUCACAAAGAAGGAUUUACGGAUGGUCUUAAAGGUUUUAGACUCUUCGCAUCGGAACAGCCUCCAGUAUGGCAUCAGUGUUCUCAAGAGACUUAACUAUAAUCGUCAGGAGCUUGAGUUUCACUUUUCAAAUCUUGCACUUCAUAGAGAUGUUGUAUUUUGGACAAACAGUCACGUCAUCAAGUGGGCCGAGUCAAUUGGAUUGAAAGACCACGCCCACAACCUAUUUGAGUCUGGGAUUCACGGAGGAGUUUUGGCAUUAGAUCACGACUUUGAUAUUGACAGUCUCUCACUGGCUCUGAAGGUAUCGCCAUCAAACCAAGAGUUAAGACGAUUGUUAAAGCUGGAGUUCUCAUCAUUGUUAUCCGAAGGAACUUCACGCUCCUCCUCAGAGCCUCAAGCUCAUGGCAAGAUAGUACGUCGGAUUAGUAAGAAAAUUAAAAUGAAAAAGAGAGUCCCUUCGAAUGAGUUCCUUCCUAUUCGUCCCACUUCCCCCGUCCUGUUACCCAUUGGCCAAUUGCCACGUGAUCGUAUGUCCCCCUCACGUGACUCUGAAGGAUCUUCAUCAACAACUUCAUCACAGGCAACAGGAUCUCAAGAAUUUGAGUUACCAGAGAAACCCAAUGAAAUGACAGUUUAAUAAUAAUAAUUAAAAAUAAUAAUAGAGUAAUAAUAACAAAACGCAAAAUAGUAAUUAUAGUAAAUAAUAAUAAUAAUAAUAAACGUCUCUUCAUCAUUAUUCUCAUAACUGAUAAUUAUUGUUAUUAUCAUUUUUGUUAAUCAUGUUGUGUUUCCGUGUCAGAUGUUGUACUAAGAUACCAUUCACUGGACAGUA